AUGGGUCGGCGAAAGAUCGAGAUCAAGGCGAUCAAGGAUGAUCGCAACCGUUCAGUUACUUUUCUGAAACGGAAGGGUGGUCUUUUUAAGAAGGCACAUGAGCUUGCGGUGCUAUGUUCAGUAGAUGUUGCUGUCAUUAUAUUCGGUCACAACAAGAAGCUAUAUGAAUUCUCAUCAUGUGAUAUGCGCGAGACCUUGGGUCGUUAUCAAUAUUUCGGCCCGCCACACGAGCAUAAAGGCCCUGAGGACUUCAACGGCCGGCGCGAUGAUGACGACGAUGAAGACGAGACCACACCUGCCCCUGAAGAAAUGCAUCCAACACCACCGCAAAAUAACCCACCGAUGAUACCCACUCAUCUCCCCAGUCAUCCCGGCUUCCAACAUGUUAAUCAUGCGCCUUCCGCGUCCCCUCCCAUUGGCAAUGGACUGCCGUUUGAUCCGCGUCACGGUACCCCUCAACCUCAAGGACUUUCAAGACCAUCCUCCAGGAAUCAUGUUCGCAGAGUCAGCUCCAAUAUCGGUACACAGCAACAUCAUGCCACACCACCGCCACCUCAGAAUGGAUUUGCCUAUAUGGCUAACCCUUCCGUGUAUAAUCCGAAUGCCCACCAUGCUUUAGGUCAACAACCCCGACCCGCAUCAGCCUAUGCCGCCGCAAUCCAUGCCGCCGCACACAAUGCCGCCCCAGGCCAUUCCACCGCAUAUUCAACAGCACCCCCAGCAUGCGCAUAUCCUUGCACAGCAAACACCUCCAAUGGGUUUAUCGCAACCACCCCAUCCGCAAAUGUCCCAGGUCGCCCAGACAUUUAUGCCGGAACAGGGAAGGAGUUCCAUGCCGCCCGCGUUCCCGUCGGAGCAACAGCAGCAGCAGCAGCAGCAACAACAACAACAACCCACGCAACAACAACAGCGAACGGUAUCGCUUCCCGAGGCUCCUCCCGCGGACAGAUGCCUGGACCGAUGAAAGGCGAAGACAGUCAGUCGCCGCCGCAGCAAAGGUCGAUAUCAUCAAAAUCACGUAGUAUCUUUACGCCGAUUGAUGAUCGUGGUUCUGUCUUGGCUCGUCACUUUGGAGUCGGUCCACCUACGUCGCCGCGCAGUGAGAACUUACAAGUGAAGCUUGAAUCUUCACAUAACGAAUCUAAGGACAAAAAGGGACUCAGCCAACCAGUGGCGCCUCCACCUCCACCACGAGCCGCGACUGAAGCGCCUCGUCCUCAGCCGGUGCCUGAGAUCAAGCCUCCUGUUCGGACGAACAGCGGUCAGUUAAAUACGAAACGUCCACAGCUAAAGGUGCAAAUACCCAGCGAGAGUUCGGAUCGGGGCAGCGCAACAGCAGAUUCAUCCUCCCGCGAUUCCGCAGGGAAUAAGACACUUACACCAGCGAAAGCCAAUCCUGACGGCAACCAUUCCGGUGUAGUGCUACCUCCGCCUUCGCCUUCUGCCGGUGCAAUUCUCAGUGCAGGCGCUCAGGGACCACCGAAUCCAUUUGCCCGGCCACCUCCCCCUAGCACCGCUGCUCCGAAUAACAAUGCAUAUAGUAGUAACAACAGCAGCGGCGGCAAUAACAACAACAUAGACACUCCGAUAUCUGCACUUCCUAGCCGCUUCGUGUCAGAUGCGCUUCUUCCUUCUCCAUCUAGUUUCUUCCCUGAAUGGGGGUUUGGCCGGUCUGGUCCGGACAGUAAUAUGCUUCCUAGUCCUCUGACCUUUCCCACUCCCGCCGUUCAAACAGGCCCCAGCUUUGCGCGAGAAGACGAUCAAGAAAAGAAGCGCAAGAGCCCUGAUAGUGGACCAAACGCGGAAGGGGCAACGAAAAAGGCAAAGACAUAG